UCCGUGAUCACACGUGCGAUUUUACACAGAAAUGGCGGUGAAACAUGAGUGGAAAGGGAUGUGAGAAGUUUCGCUUCUUUACAUAGUUUAUUGUGCAAAUUUCUUCUGAUAUAACUUGCAGUAAAACCAUCCGUCCACGGGUUAACAGAAUGCAAUGACUGUCACGAGUUGAUGGCCGCGUAAGUAAGGGAAAGCACAUUGUAGCUCGGGGACCGAUAAACCACGCUGCGGAGCGGUGACCACGCUGUUGAGCUCGGGGAAAACAUGGAGUCUGUCACUGGUUGGUUAGAGCUGGAGGAUGGCACACGGUUUGCGGGCAAAGUGUUCGGGGCACAUACUAAUGUACCCGGAGAAGUAGUUUUUCAGACGGGGAUGGUGGGAUACCCUGAAUCUUUGACUGACCCUUCAUACAGAAAGCAGAUUUUGAUCCUGACAUACCCACUUAUUGGGAAUUAUGGGAUACCAGCUGUAGAGAAAGAUGAAUAUGGACUAACUGAGUGGUUUGAAUCGGCAGAGAUACAUGCCGCAGGACUUAUUGUGGGAGAUGUUACAGAAAAGUACAGUCACUGGAGUGCCAUAAAAUCUUUGUCAAAAUGGCUCAGCGAAUACAAGAUUCCAGGACUGUAUGGCUUGGAUACAAGAGCACUGACCAAAAAGAUUCGUGAGAAAGGGACGAUGCUUGGAAAGAUUUUAAUGGAGGGAACAGACAGCACAAGCAUUCCCCUUACGGAUCCAAACAAAAUAAACCUGGUAGCAGAAGUCUCAUUAAAGGAACCAGUUGUUUUCAACCCAAAGGGGGAACUGAGCAUCAUAGCUGUGGAUUGUGGGAUUAAAUACAACCAGAUCAGGUGUCUCUGUCAAAGAGGGGCAAAGGUCAAGGUCGUACCAUGGGACUACAACUUCUCUAGUGAAGAAUAUGAUGGGUUGUUCAUCAGUAAUGGACCAGGAGACCCCCAGAUGUGUACCACAACAAUAGAAAACCUCAGGAGGGUGGUAAAAGAAGACAAAUUUAAGCCUAUAUUUGGUAUUUGUCUGGGACACCAACUCUUAUCUCUAGCCAUAGGGGCCAAAACUUUCAAAAUGAAAUAUGGAAACAGGGGCCACAAUUUACCUUGUAUAUAUGAUGAAACCAUUCGGUGCUACAUAACGACACAGAACCAUGGGUUUGCUGUAGAUGCCAGCACACUUCCAGCUGGCUGGAGCAGCCUGUUUACCAAUGCUAAUGACAAAACCAAUGAAGGCAUUGUACAUGAUACCAAACCAUUCUUCAGUACUCAGUUUCAUCCAGAGCACAUGGGAGGACCUAGAGACCUGGAGGGUCUCUUUGAUGUAUUUCUGAGUCAAGUCAUACUUCACAAGAGAGGACAGAACAGCCCUACAGUGAAGGAAAAGCUGUACAUGACACUACAAACUCCUGUUCAUGUCCCCCCUGUUUCUAGUGUUAGACCGAGGAAGGUCCUAGUGCUGGGGUCAGGCGGUCUGUCAAUAGGUCAGGCGGGAGAGUUUGAUUACUCGGGAUCACAGGCUGUUAAAGCUCUGAAGGAGGAGGGGAUACAGACAAUCCUAAUUAAUCCAAACAUUGCUACAGUACAGACCUCUAAAGGACUGGCCGAUAAGGUCUACUUCCUUCCCAUCACGGCGGAGUAUGUCACUCAGGUGAUAAAGAACGAACGUCCUGAUGGGAUUCUGUUGACAUUUGGUGGACAGACGGCCCUUAACUGUGGGGUACAGCUGACCAAGACAGGUGUUCUGGAGAAGUAUGCAGUCCGAGUUCUAGGUACACAGGUAGCUUCCAUCGAGUGGACAGAAGACAGAGAAGUGUUUGCCAACAAGAUGUCAGAGAUCGGGGAGUCUGUGGCUCCUAGUGAAGCAGCAUACACAGUGGACCAGGCAGUACAAGCAGCUGAGCGACUAGGAUACCCAGUCUUGGUCAGGGCAGCAUUUGCAUUGGGAGGAUUAGGGUCGGGAUUUGCAGACAACAAGGAACAGCUUCUGACUCUGGCUUCUGCAGCAUUCGCUCACACAAGUCAGGUGUUGGUAGAUAAAUCUCUGAAAGGCUGGAAAGAAGUGGAGUAUGAAGUGGUUAGAGAUGCCUACGAUAACUGUAUUACAGUUUGUAACAUGGAGAAUGUGGACCCUCUGGGUAUUCACACAGGAGAGUCUAUAGUGGUGGCCCCCAGUCAGACCCUGACUAAUGUGGAGUACAACAUGCUGAGGGCCACCGCGAUCAAGGUCAUCAGGCACCUCCAGGUCGUGGGAGAAUGUAACAUACAGUAUGCACUAAAUCCAGAGUCCAAAGAGUAUUACAUUAUUGAGGUAAAUGCUCGGCUGUCCAGAAGCUCUGCCCUGGCCAGUAAGGCCACAGGUUACCCCCUGGCUUAUGUUGCGGCUAAAUUGGCCCUGGGGAUUCCCCUGCCUGAACUGAGGAACUCUGUCACAAACUCCAAGGAGAAUUCCACAACUGCCUGCUUUGAACCAAGUCUGGACUACUGUGUGGUCAAAAUUCCAAGAUGGGAUCUUAAGAAGUUUUCUCGAGUUUCGACUAAGAUUGGAAGUUCUAUGAAGAGUGUAGGAGAAGUGAUGGCCAUAGGAAGGCGGUUUGAGGAGGCAGUCCAGAAGGCACUAAGAAUGAUGGAUCAAAGUGUCACUGGAUUCGACCCCUACAACAUAGAAGUAUCUGACGUGGAACUACGAGAGCCCACAGAUGAGCGUAUCUUCGUGGUGGCAGGUGCUCUGAAGCAGGGCUACAGUGUAGAUAAACUGUAUGAACUGACCAAGAUUGACAGGUGGUUUCUACAUAAGUUCAAGAACAUCACAGACUGCAUGUCAGGACUGGAAAAAUUCAAACACAAGAUGAGCAGCAUUCCAAAAAGAGUUCUGCUUGAAGCAAAGAAGCUGGGGUUUUGUGAUGAACAAAUUGCCAAGGCUGUGGAAAGCACAGAAAUGGUGGUUCGCAAGAAGCGUUACGAAUAUGAAAUUCACCCCUGCGUGAAGCAGAUUGACACCGUGGCUGCUGAAUGGCCAGCGCAGACUAACUACCUGUAUCUGACGUACAACGGAUCUGAGAAUGACGUCUCAUUUCCUGGAGGCUACAUCAUGGUUAUAGGGUCCGGGGUCUACAGGAUAGGAAGUAGUGUGGAGUUUGACUGGUGUGCCGUCAACUGUAUUAGGAGUCUAAGAGAGAUGGGAUACAAGACCAUUAUGGUGAAUUAUAACCCAGAGACAGUCAGCACAGAUUAUGAUAUGUGUGAUAGACUCUACUUCGAUGAAAUCUCAUUUGAAACUGUUAUGGAUAUUUACAACUUGGAGAAUCCUGAGGGAAUCAUUUUGUCUGUUGGUGGACAGCUGCCCAACAACAUAGCGAUGCAACUUCACAGACAACAGGCCCGGAUUUUGGGUACAUCUCCAGAGAGCAUUGACAAUGCUGAGAAUCGGUUCAAAUUUUCUCGUAUGUUGGACAACAUGGGGAUCCAUCAACCAUUAUGGAAGGAAUUAUCCACUGUGGAGGCAGCCAAGGAUUUCUGUAAGGAGGUGGGAUUUCCCUGUCUGGUUCGUCCCUCGUACGUUCUCAGUGGGGCGGCCAUGAACGUGGCUCAUUCUGACAAAGACUUGGAGGAUUACCUCAGUCAGGCUAGUGCGGUAUCGAAGGAGCAUCCUGUCGUCAUCUCCAAGUUUAUUCUGGAGGCCAAGGAGAUAGACGUGGAUGCGGUUGCUGCUGAUGGUGAAGUGAUUUGUAUGGCUGUGUCAGAACAUGUGGAGAAUGCUGGGGUCCACUCGGGGGAUGCCACACUUGUGACUCCACCGCAGGAUCUCAACGAGGAAACCCUGGCUAAGAUAAGGGUCAUCUGCUGCGCUAUAGGCCGAGCAUUAGAGGUCACGGGACCGUUCAAUCUUCAACUUAUUGCCAAGGAUAACCAAUUAAAGGUCAUUGAGUGCAAUGUUAGAGUUUCCAGAUCAUUCCCAUUUGUAUCCAAGACUUUAGACCAUGAUUUUAUUGCCACGGCAACAAGAGUGAUCAUGGGAGAAGUGGUGGAUCCAAUAAAUGUGCUCUAUGGAUGUGGAAGAGUUGGGGUCAAGGUUCCUGUAUUUUCCUUCUCUCGGCUACAUGGAGCUGAUGUGUUGCUAGGUGUAGAAAUGUCCAGCACUGGGGAGGUGGCCUGCUUUGGAGAAAAUCGAUACGAGGCUUACCUCAAGGCCAUCAUCAGCACGGGAUUUAAGAUUCCUAAAAAGAACAUACUGCUGUCUAUAGGGAGCUUUAAGGACAAAAAAGAAAUACUUCCUUCAGUUAGAAGUCUUCAGAACAUGGGAUAUAACUUGUAUGCCAGCAUGGGGACAGCUGAUUUCUACAAUGAACAUGGAUUAAAGGUAAACCCUGUAGACUGGCCGUAUGAAGACACAGGGGACCACAAGAAGAAUGGUGGGGAGCAGAGGACGAUCGCUGACUAUCUGUCUGACAACAUGUUUGAUCUUGUGAUCAAUCUCCCUCUGAGGAAUUCUGGGUCCUAUCGAGCCUCAUCUUUUGUUACCCAGGGUUACAAGACCCGCAGAAUGGCAGUGGACUACUCCGUACCACUGAUAACGGAUAUCAAAUGUUCAAAACUACUCAUAGAGUCCAUGAGAAGACUAAAUGGAGCAGCCCCACCACUGAAAACCCAUGUAGACUGUAUAUCCUCACACAGAGUGGUCAGGCUACCAGGUUUUAUUGAUGUUCAUGUCCACGUGAGGGAGCCAGGAGCCACCCAUAAGGAGGACUGGUCGAGCGCCACCUCGGCGGCCCUGGCUGGUGGUGUCACUAUGAUCCUGGCCAUGCCCAACACUAAUCCACCGACAGUGGACGAGGCCGCUCUUACUCUGACACAGAAGCUGGCCAGACUUGGAGCUCGGUGUGAUUAUGGAAUCUUCUUGGGUGCCAGCAGUGAUAACUACUCCACUCUCCCUCAGAUUUCAUCCAAAGCUUGUGCUUUAAAGAUGUACCUGAAUGAGACCUUCACUACUCUGAAACUAAAUGAUAUUUCUGUAUGGAUGAAGCAUUUUGAACACUGGCCUAAACACAUGCCAAUCUGUGCUCAUGCUGAGGGAACCCACACAGCAGCCAUUAUCCUCCUGUCUGAGCUGUACAAAAGGCAUGUCCAUAUCUGUCAUGUGGCUAGAAAGGAAGAGAUUUUAAUUAUAAAAGCUGCUAAAGAGAAAGGAUUAUCUGUAACUUGUGAAGCUGCUCCCCAUCACCUUUUCUUGACCUCUGAUGAUCUUGACAGGAUAGGUCAUGGUCAGGGUCAAGUCAGGCCAUGUCUGGUGACCAUGGAGGAUCAGGAGGCUUUAUGGGACAAUAUUGACAUCAUCGAUUGCUUUGCUACAGACCAUGCCCCACAUGCAGUGGAGGAGAAGAAAAGUGCUAAACCCCCACCUGGGUUCCCUGGCUUAGAGACCAUGCUUCCAUUACUUUUGACAGCUGUUCAUGAUGGCAGGUUAACCAUCGAGGACUUGAUUGCCAGACUUCAUACAAAUCCCAAGAGAAUCUUCAAUUUACCAGACCAGCCGGAUACCUAUAUAGAGGUAGAUUUAGAACAUGAGUGGACAAUUCCUGAUCACAUGACCUUCUCUAAAUCAAAAUGGACUCCAUUUGCUGGUAUGAAGGUUGUUGGCAAAGUCAUGAGGACAGUUUUAAGAGGAGAGGUGGCCUACAUUGAAAAUGAGGUGCUGGUUCCUAAAGGUUUUGGGUUGGACAUCAGAAGUUAUACCUUACAAAGUUCUGCCCCAGCAGGAUCAGGUGACCAGCUUCAGGUCCAGAUUCCCCCGAUAAGUUAUGCUGUAUCCUCCCAACCCUCGUCUGAACCCUCCAGUCCCCGGAAACUGACCCAGUCUCAGCUAUCUGACAGACCAAGACCACGGGCAAUGGAACAAGGCUAUGCUGUUCAUGAACCUGCAUCUGAAGCAGUCAAAGCAGAUCAGGAUGUUCGGGACGGAGCUUAUCUGGCCCAGGGUCCUCAUGGAAUCCCUCAGCCCCCAGCUCUGCCAUUCUACACACAGGGAGUUACAGGGCAUCAUAUACUGACAGUGAAGAGCUUCACCAAAGAGCAGCUACAUACCUUGUUUAACUUGGCCCAUCAAUUUAGGAUAGCAGUAUUGAGGGACCGGCCUCUAGAUUACAUUCUUAAGGGUAAGGUGAUGGCGUCCAUGUUCUUUGAGGUCAGCACUAGGACCAGCUGCUCGUUUUCUGCAGCGAUGCAGAGACUUGGGGGGAGUGUGGUCAGUCUGGACUCCUCCAUGUCCUCCUUACAGAAAGGGGAGUCCUUCAGCGACUCUGUAAUGAUGAUGUCGGGAUAUUCUGAUGUGGUUGUUAUCCGACACCCAACUCCUGGUGUCAUGACGGAGGCAGUGAAGUUGUGUAGGAAACCUAUCAUUAAUGCAGGGGAUGGAGUGGGGGAACAUCCAACUCAGGCAUUGCUAGAUGUGUUUACCAUCCGAGAGGAGAUAGGGACAGUCAACGGACUGACUAUAACUAUGGUUGGAGAUCUGAAGAACGGUCGCACCGUCCAUUCCCUGGCUCGACUUCUGACACAGUAUAGGGUCAAUAUCCGCUACGUGUCUCCUGAUUCGCUGAAGAUGCCCGAUGAUGUCAAAGAAGACGUGGCAGCAAGAGGAAUAUCACAGGAGGAAUCAACUGCAUUAGAAGAUUUCCUGUCUGACACAGACGUUUUAUACAUGACUCGCAUCCAGAAGGAAAGGUUCAGCAGUGAGGAAGAGUACAAAAAGGUGUGUGGUCAGUACAUUAUCACCCCGGAGACAAUGAGGAGAGCCAAGAAGAAAAUGGUAGUGAUGCAUCCUCUACCCAGGGUCAAUGAAAUCCAUCCCGAGUUUGACUCGGAUCCGCGAGCUGCUUACUUCAGACAGGCGGAGAACGGAAUGUAUGUCAGAAUGGCUUUACUGGCAAUUGUACUGGGAAAAUGUUAAUUAGAUUUAACAUUAUAUCAUAGAAUUUUAGAUGGAAUUUAUUAUAAUCAUUGGUGCAUAUGUUUGAAAUCUGCAUUCAAAAACACUAAGGGAAAAAUUUAAAUUUUGCUUUUGGGCUGAAUAUCUUAAGAUAUAAAUACACUAGUUUGUAUUUGAGUGAAAAAUGUAAAAAGCAGACAAUACACCUGCAAACAAAAAAAAAAAAAAACAUGAAGUUUAGAUCAAUUCUAGUACCAAUCAUAAUUUUGGAAUUAUCUUGAAUUUAAAUCUUCAGUGUCUCAAGACUUGAAAAUGAGUUCAAAAAUUCAACAUAUGUGAAAAAAUUGUAACAAUUAUUCAUGUUCACAACUCUUUUUUUCUCUUUGUGAAAUGCUAGUAUUUGAUUUUGAAUAUUUUAAAUGAAAUAUUAAAGUGCUUUAAAAAUGAAAAUGGUUUAGAUUUUAGCUUAAUAAAUGAGAAUGUUUUUGGAAUUGUUGUAGCUAGAAUGAACAUUUCUCCCCUUAAAGUGCCAUGUUGAUUUUGUUAAAAUUCUAGUUGAUCAAUGUUGAUACAACUGUUUCAGAAGUUUUAUUUCUGUUGGUGCAUAAUAAUAGACAUUUAAAAAGUGCUGUUAAAAUUCUACUCCGUCAGUGUUGGUACGACUGUUUCAGAAGUUUUAUUUCUGUUGGUGCAUAAUAUUAAUAGACAUUUGAAAAGUGCUUUCUUACUGGGCUGUGUAAUAUAUGGAGAUUAUGUAAUAUAUGGAGAUUAUACUAUACUUGGUUGUGAUAAAUAGUGUUCAGUAUCCAAUAUAUUCCAGAAGAUGUUCAUUUACUUGUCUUUGAGAAAAAAUUCUAUUUUUUAAAACAAUUUUUCCAUAUAAAGACAAGUUUUACCGUAUUUUUGCUUUUUUGAUAUUAAAAGAAUUAAUGAAUGUUAAGAAUCUCAAUAAUUUGAUCAAACUGUUACAUGUACAUCAUUAUCUGAUGCGGGUAAAAUACCUUGGUAUUCAAUUUGUGAUCUCUCAUAUAAGUGAAAUUGUCUCAUAUAUAUAUUGAUGUGAAUUCUAUGUGAAAAGCAAGGAUCAAAAAUAAAUUUAUGUAUGUUGUA